AUGACAUCAAUGGUUGUGACAAUUGAUGACAUUUUUGAUCAGUUGUGGAGUGAAAACAAACGACUUCUCAAAGAGUUAUUGUUUGCCAACAAAUGUCUGAAUAUUUUGGAUGAAUUGAAAACAGAAUUGAAUUUGAUUUACAAGAAGUUUGAGACACAACUCAACACUGAAGACAAGUUUAACCAAUUAAGACAUCAAUUAAAUUAUAUUUUCAAUCAAAGACACGACAAGACAUUUGUUGAAAAUAAUAACCAAUUAUUAAGAUAUGACACAAACUAUGCAAAACAUUACAAUCAGUUGAUUGACAGACAGGAAGACAUUAAUAAUAGGAUCAAAUGCAUAGAUAAGAAGUAUUCAGAGGACACACAUUUUGAUGACAAUGAAAGUAAAGACAUCGAUGUCAUUAAAACUGAUACACAAAAUCAUGAAUCAAUAAAUUCAUCUGAUUUUGUCGUUAAUAACAUAAUAAAUGAACAGAAAUUAUGUGAUUCACACAAACAAAGCGAUGGUUUAAAUGAAGAAGUCUUGUCAAAGAAUGAAUACUACGAUUCGACAACUGAUACAUAUAUUUGUCCGCAAAAUGAUUGUCAAAAAUCAUUUAAAUAUUUAAAAUCUUUAACUUUUCAUCAAAAGAAAGCACACAAAGCCGUAAAACGUAAAGUUAUUGAUGAAAGUGAUAUAAAACAACAAUACUAUGACUCGAUAACCAAUUCAUUUAUUUGUCCGCAAAAUGAUUGUCACAAAUGUAUCAAAGAUUUAAAGAAAUUUUUGUUACACAAGAAGACAUGUAAACCAAAUAAAUCGAUUUAUAAGAGAAAUUAUUACGAUAUAAAUGGCAAAUAUUUGUGUCGUUACGACAAUUGUUUCAAGACUUACGCUGCAAGAAGUGGUCGACGAAUGCAUGAGAGGUAUUAUCACGAAAGACAGACAUUAAUGAAAUGUCAACAAAAGGAUUGUCAGUUUGAAUGCAUUCACGACAACCAAAUGAAAAUACAUUUGAAUAGAAAACAUUCUGUUGUCAAACCAUUUGUUUGUCCCAUAAGUGGAUGUAAUAAAGCAUUAAAAUCUAAGGAAUCGUUUCAAAAGCAUUCACUAAUUCAUAAAAAUUUUGUAAUUAAAUGUCAAUUCGAUGGAUGUCAGCGACAGUUCAGAAAUGAAUCCCAUUUAAAGAGACAUAUGUCUCAACAUAAAAGUGAACCGACACUCAAAUGUUCAGUUAAGGGAUGUCUGGAAAUGUUCUUUUCAGACAAUCAAAUGGUUAGACACGGAGUGUUGGUUCACAAUAAGAUAAAGAAAAAAAAGCCAGCAAUUAAUAAACAAUGUGAUUGGCCCGGAUGUGACUAUUUUGGUAAAUCAAUUUCCAGCCAUAAGUUAGUUCAUACGGGAGUCAAACAAUUUGCCUGUCUUUGGCCACAAUGUAGCAAACGGUUUACAUCUAAUCAUAAACUCACGGAUCACAUGAAUAUUCAUAAUAAUGUUAAACCGUAUGCUUGUCGUUGGCCAGGAUGUGACUACCGAUGCGCUUCUCAUUCAAAUAUUAACAAACAUAUGAAACAAGUGCACCAAAAAUAA